CGUUAUUCGCUAUCUCCAUUCGGAUUAAACGAGGUUUUUGUAGAAACUGCAUAGUUCAACUGCAAUAAUUCUACAAAAUGUCGCUGAGAGGAGCAUGGCAGCUUCAGAAACUCAUUGUUAGCUACUGUGAUUGGGGAGGCAGCAGUAGAGGUAUCAGGGAAUUUAUGAAGACACAUUUGCCAUCACUUCAGGAGAGAAAUUCACAGCUGGAAGUUGUUCCAGAACUCAUUCGUGGACAGCAUCCACAUCUAAAAGGCUUCUACAGAAACAAGAAUGAACGAGUAAUAUGCGUGAAGAACUUGACUCCAGAAGACAUACUGCUGCAUGCAACCAGGUUGCGGAAUGCCUUGGGGAGGAAGGUGGUGAAGCUGAAGACAAGACACGUUACAAAGCAUCCUAGUGUACAAGGCACCUGGACAACUGCUCUGAAACUAUGAAGCAGCAUAAACCCCAUUUGCUUAAUAAUGCUGCGUACAAUUACUAACUAGGUUAUAUGAAGCGUAUAUUGCAGGUUCACGCCCCUAUAUGGAGUUUUAUGUUUUGGAUAAUGUUGCUGAACCCGUCUGGCAGUUCUCCCAUUGUUGCUGAGACAAUUAGGAUCAGAAGAGCUUUGGUGGAUUUUAGAUUACCACACUGUUUUCCUCAUACUUUUUCUUUUAUGUAUUUAUAUUGCUAAGUGGGUUAGCAAUUUUAAGUGCUCACAAAUUGUACAAGUUGACUUCAAUAGGUAGAAUAGAAUAGAUAUCAAGGAUCUUAAAAGGAUUUAC